GUGUAAAAGGCUGCAUGGAAGCAUACGAUAACAAAGUUACGAGCUUCAUCCAGUAUUACGAACUCCUCUUCUCUCAUUUGUGGCAUGCCAUGGUUGUUCCUAUGUUUAAAAUUAGUCAUAAGGACAGUUCUCAUCCACGGUUCCAUCCAUCCGUGAAGCCACCACAAAUUUUGACCGUCUGUAGCUCCCUCCAUUUUCAAGACACUAUAAAAGCGAUGCUCGACAGCGCUUUCCACAGCGGUCCGCCGCUAGACUACCAUUACCCACAUCUCGACACCCCGCCGCUAGAUUACGAUUCUCAUCACGAUUUGGAGAGGAACUCCCGAAAAGCCCACCACGCCUGCAUCCGUACCUGCACCUGCGCUAACGAGCAUACAUCUCUCCUCGGCAACAGGAAUCAAGCACAAAAGCGGCAUGACCUGCUCGUAAUAGGCGUCGUCUGCUUGGUUAUCAUAACCUGCAUUCUGCUUCUGGGGGUCUUUUUCUGGCUCGAGACGACAGCUCACGAGUGAAUCCGCUCGCAGAAUUAUUACUAUCUGGAGAUCGAAUGCUCAUCAGUAUUUUAGGACUCAUAACGCUGUAACAACACCCCUUCCUAUACCUUCGUAGACGCCGCAUUCGGAGAGCUUCGAAGGAAACGAGUUUUGGCGGAGGAGAGGAGGAUUUCAGUCUCAUCUCUACUGUGGACCGACAGCGAAGAUACCUCUAUAGAGCUUCAUUGCGAUGUAGAGAAGUGGUAGCUCUAAGAUAUGAAAAGAUUAAAGGAAAAUGGAAGCUCAUAAGCGGCGAAAACUGUUCAUGUACAUUGAUAGAAGGGCAUGCCAAUUUCAUGGCCAUUAACGCACGAAGAAUGAACAGACCUACGUAAGUACGAAUACUUGUGCAAACUUACAGGAAACGUUCGGUUUGUAGCAGGCGUUGGUGUCAACUCUGCCCUUGGAUAAGGAUCGCGUAUCAGGGCCAACGAGCUAUUGCUGUUCCUUUAAUCAUCA